AAAAGACAAGCCUCUCGAUUUUUUUGAGCGAAUGUUAACCAAGUUAAAGAGAGGACAGAGCGUUAUGCAACAUUACACCAAAGUAAAUGAAAAAUCUUUGUAUGUGUCUUACUUGAUCAGUUUAAGAAUCACAAAAACUGGUAAGCCACACACAAUUGGGGAGACUUUAGUUCUUCCAGCUAUAAAAGAUAUAGUUAAAGUUUUCUUUGGUGAUAAGAGUGAACAAGAAAUUGAAUCAAUUCCUAUUUCUAAUAACACAGUCAUGCGUAGAAUUGAUGAAAUGGAUAGAAAAUCAAGUUAUUGAACGGAUUCGUGGAAAUCUUUUUUUUUCUUUACAACUCGAUGAAUCUACUGACAUACAAGGUUUGUGCCAGCUACUUAUUUUUGUACGUUACACAUGGAACUUUGUACCUCAUGAAGAUAUGUUAUUCUGUGAACCUGUCAGUCGAAGUACCAGCGAUGAAAUUUUUAAUACAGUUAAUACUUACAUUAGAGCAAAAAAUCUUGAUUGGCAUAAAUGUCUCGGAAUAUGUACAGACGGCGCACGGGCUAUGUGCAGUAGAAAUAGUGGUGUGGUGACCAGAAUACUUGAACUUAAUCCCAAUGCAUCAUGGACUCACUGUAACCUUCUCAGGGCAGCAUUAGUAUCAAAACAUAUAUCUGAUAAUUUUGAAAAUGUUUUGAAUACUUCAGUCAAAAUAGUGAACUUUAUUAAGUCAAAGCCUUUGCAAUCACACCUAUUUGAGAAGUUGUGCGAAGAGAUGGGAAGUGAUCAUAAAUCACUUCUUUUGCACGCAGAAAUACAAUGGCUCUCUAGGGGAAAAGUGUUAACAAGACUUGCAGAACUCCGCGAAGAAGUAGCCAUAUUUUUAGAAGAUAAAAGCGAUUUUGCGAAAUAUUUGCACGACAAAGAAUUUGUUCUGAGGCUUACGUAUUUGGCAGAUAUUUUUUCGAAAUUAAACGACCUGAAUUUGUAUUUACAAGGAACAGAAGGUAUCAGUAUAUUUGCAAUUCAUGAGAAAAUUCGAGGUUUUAUGAAAAAACUUGUCUUGUGGAAAAAUCAUAUUAACAACCAAAAUUAUGACUGUUUUGAAACAUUUGAAACUUUUGUAAUGGAGAAUAAAGCAAAAGUUGAUGAUGGUCUAAUCAUUGAGAUAUCUGAACACUUGAAUAAGUUAAAUGAAAGUUUUGAAUUUUAUUUUCAUAAAGAGAUGAAUACUAUGCAACAGAAAAGAUGGAUUAUGAACCCCUUUCAGCCUGACGUGACGACUGGGAUAUCAACAAAAGUCGAUGAGGAACUUAUCGAUUUAUCCGAAGACUCUUCCUUGAAAAUGACUUUUAACACCCAAAAAUUGGUACAGUUCUGGGCGUCUCUUCAAACCUCGUACCCAAUCAUUUCCACCGAAGCAUUAAAAGUACUUCUCCCUUUCACGUCAUCUUAUAUUAGUGAAGCUGGAUUUUCAGCAAUGGUUGGGAUUAAAAGCAAAUAUCGAAAUAAACUGCAGCUCUCAAAUUCUUUACUCCUGAAACUAUCGCGCAUUGAACCUGAUGUUAAUUCUAUUAUUGAGCGUAGCAAGAAACAGGCUCAUCCUUCUCACAGGCCUCACUGAUGAUGUAAUCUGAAAUAAAUUUGUUAAUUUCAUUAAUGUUUUUACUCAGUAGAGUUAAGUGAGUCGUCAUAAACUGGUGUGAUAAAUAGUGGGUCGCGACUCUAAAAAGUUUGGGAACCACUGCCGUAGAUCAACUGUGGAUGUUGUUCUUUAGUUGCAGGACAGCCCUGAUUCCUCAGACAUGUAGUCAAACGUUGUGAUCAUCCAUGAUUUAUUCAUAGUAUAUAUAGGACUUCAUAUAAAGAAUGCCCUUCCCUUUUUGAAAUGGUGAGGGAGAUUUUGCUGUCUCAUCAUUGGCUUCUGUUGUUGGGAGCCCCGGGUAAGCCUUGACUGACAAGUCUAUGGUUAAAGGUAUUCCAUCUUAAACCAAUUUAUCUUUUUGUGUAUCAAGGAUUACAUUGUCCAAUGAGCUCUUCAUUUUUAAUGCAUAAAGAUAUAUAGUUUUAAGGAAUUUGGCUGCUAUUUUUACCAUGUUGAUCCACUCUGUAUAGGCUUCUCCACUGCUGCCUAUUGUAUCAGUAGAAUAGGCAGAGAGGGAAAACAAAAUUUUCUGUCAGCAUAAGUAAGUGAUCAGAACUCCAGCACCUUAGCAUUACAAGUACACUGCCUUGUAACAUUAUUGAAGAUGACAGUUUUCCAUAUAUCUCUCUGUUUCUC